AUGACGAUUCCGGAGCUUUUCCCGCAAGGCUGCUGGGACACACACUACCACAUCUUCGACCCAUCGCAAUAUCCCUAUGCUGGCAACCGUCACCUAACCCCCUACCCCGCCACCAUCGCCGAUUUCCUCGAGUUCAAGCGCCGACUAGGCAUCACGAACUCGGUUCUCACCCACGGUCUCUCCUACGGCGAUGACUGUUCCUCCUUGGAGGGCUUCACAGCCAAACUCAACAAGACAAGCCGAACAAAAGCGAUCGCAGUGAUUGACCCCAGCACGAUAUCCGCUACAGAGCUACAACGCAUGCACGAUGCCGGCGUCCGCGGCAUCCGGGUCAACCUAUACAAGUUCAACGCCUUUCAUUCCAUUGAACUACAGAAGGUGGUUUUGCGGGAUCAUGCCCGGGUGCUACACGAGCACCAGCCGGACUGGAUCAUGGCAUUCACGCACCCACACACCGAGUUCUGGCCGGAAUUGAGCACCUUUAUCGAAGAGGGACACGUCCCCGAGCGGACCCGUCUCGUGACCGACCAUUUCGGUCUGCUGAAGUGUGCCAGUAUGCUGCCUGCGGAAUAUAAGGGCGAUAUCACUCGUCAGCCGGGGUUCCAGGCCAUCAUGGACUUGGUCCGGAGGGGCCGGCUGUUUGUGAAACUCAGCGCCCCGUACCGGGUCAGUACGCAGGGCGGUGCGUAUGAGGACUUGAAGCCAUUGGUGCGCGCCUACUUCGAUGCGAAUCGGCGGCAAUUGAUCUGGGGAAGCGAUUGGCCCCACACGCCGCAUAUGAGAGUUCGCACUCCCGAGGAAGCCCUCAAGCCGACGCCGUAUCUUCAGGUAGAUGAUCUGGCAUGGUUGAAGAGCCUGCGAUCGUGGUUGUCAGAUGAAGAAUGGUAUUUGCUGAUGGUGGCGAACCCUCAGCUACUUUUUGAUUGGUAG